AUGACCACCUUCGUCCCGCUUGCGGCCGACACCGACGGCACCGCCUCGGCAGUUGCUGUGGGCGAGUGGCUCCUCCACUUGAUCACCCUGUACGACUCGGAAGACACGCAGCGGACCAAGGACUACUACCGGGAGUUCAUGAGCUGCUUCACGCGCGACGAAGCUGCUGGAGAAACCAAAAUAACAAAUCCAAUUAAUCUUUUAUCUCUUUUGCUUUCUCAAAACGAGUUGGUGUUUCGCUGGCUGGGCGAGAUCCGCAGUGCGCAGGACGCCCAGGGCCAGCCGCCCGCGGGGGCCGAGACUCGACCGGAGCUCAAAAAGUCCUACGGAGACGCCCUCAGAGAAGUCCAGGACUUCUUCAUGCUGCUGAUGUCGCUGGUGGUGCUGCGCAUUACAGACGUGGAAGCCGCGGGCCAAAUGGCCGGCAACUUCUGCGCAGUUUUCAGAGCUUCGAAGGACCAGCCGGAGUUCAGGUUGAAAUUGUGA